GCCCAACUCUAGCCAAGUCCCUUGUGACUCUGGGCCUCAUCCUCUUCCUCAGUAAAAACCAUUCUGCAAGUUGUCCCUUACCCAGGCUCCAGCUCAGAAUCCACCUUCGGAGCCAAGUGUGUUCUGAUUCCGAUCUAGAAUAGAUUCCUAUCUAUUUCCUUCCUAAAUCACUUUGGGUUACCCUUAGUCACUGGAAGCACUGGGAUUGACUAAAGGGAUGCCCUUCUCACUCCCUCCCAAGAACAGCAACGAGGUACACUGACCUUGGCCAAGCCCUUCUAUAUGUGUGUACGCUGCAUUUAUAAUAUUUAAUAUUUAUUUUUUCUUCCCACUAACCCUGUAAGAAGAUACGAUUUUUGCCAUUCUCCAGAUGAGGAAAUCAAGGUUCCAAGCAAACCCUGCUAAAGGUCACAUGGCUGGUAAUUGUUUGAAGCAAGAUUUGAACCUGGGUCCGACGCUAAAGCCCGGCUCUGUUCCACUGCACUGUUCUCCUGCCCAUGUGAAAAUAGAAUGCAGGGUGCCAGGCUGGCUCAGUCGGUGGAGUGGGCAGCUCUUGAUCUCAGGGAUGUGAGUUCCAGCCCGAGGUGCAGCUCGACGAGGCGCUGCAGCUCCCUGAGCAGCCUUCCCUCCGACGAUCCUAACAGUCAGCCCCAGCCACCCCCAGGCUCCAGGCCCCCCUCGCAGCACAGAAGCAUCCGCUCCUGGGUGUCGUCCAUCACGGUCCCCCGGCCGUUCCGCAUGACACUGCGUGAGGCCCAGAAGAAGGCCCAGUGGCUGGCCUCCCCUGCCUCCUUUGAGCAGGAGAGGAAGCAGGCCCAGCGGCAGGGGCAGGAGGAGGCCGAGUGCCACCGGCAGUUCCGGGCGCAGCCGGUGCCCGCGCACGUCUACCUGCCCCUCUACCGGGAGAUCAUGGAGCGCAGCGAGGCCCGCAGGCAGGCAGGGAUCCAGAAGAGGAAGGAACUGCUCCUCUCCUCCUUGAAGCCCUUCAGCUUCCUAGUGAAGGAGGAGCAGAGAAAGGAAGCCGCUAAGCAGAGGGAGCUGGCCGCCACAGCCAAGGCCAAGGUCCCCAAGCAGAAGGCCACCAGAAGGAUUCCCAAGUCCAUUCUGGAGCCAGCCCUCGGGGACAAACUGCAAGAAGCGGAACUCUUAAGGAAAAUUCGCAUCCAGAUGAGAGCCCUAGACAUGCUCCAGAAGGCCGCCUCCCCGAUCGCCCCCUCCGGGGGCCGGGUGGGCCCACAGCCCCGCGCGGCUACCCGAACCCAGAAGGAAAAGCUUGCGUUUCUGCACACGGACUUUGGAUUCCAGCCUCGUGUGAAUCCUGCCGUCCCUGACUACGAAGGCCUUUACAGGGCCUUCCAGAGAAGAGCUGCCAAGAGAAGGGACACCAGAGAGGGGACUCGCAACAAGCCCUUCUUGCUGAGGACCGGCAGCCUGUGUCGCACUCCCGGGUCCUGUGAUGCCGCCACAUCUGGAGGGAGGAGGGACUCUCCACAGCCACCAGCCACACCCCUGCCAAGGAGCCGUUCUCUGAGCGGCCUUGCUUCCCUCUCCGCCAACACCCUCCCUGUGCACAUCACAGACGCCACCAGGAAGAGGGAAUCUGCAGUCAGAAGUUCACUUGAAAAAAAGGACAGAGCAGAUGAGAGUACUCAGUGGUUGGAGAUGCACAAAAAGAAGUGUCAAGCGAUGUCUAAAUCCGUGACCUUUCGUGCCAAAGCCAUGGAUCCCCAUCAAAGCCUGGAGGAAGUGUUCAAAGCAAAGCUGAAAGAGAAUCGGAACAAUGACCGUAAAAGAGCAAAAGAGUAUAAGAAAGAAUUGGAAGAAAUGAAGAAGAGAAUAGAGACAAGACCCUACCUCUUUGAACAAGUUAGCAAGGACCUUGCCAGGAAAGCUGCAGAACAACGGUAUCGAGACACCCUGAAGCAGGCUGGGCUCGAUGAAGACUUUGUGAGGAGCAAGGGUCAGGGCAGCCGGGAUGAACAGCGGCAGGGGCAGUCAGAAGGCCGUGAUUGUCCCAGCACCCAUGAAACUACAAAACUCAGCACCAGAAAUCCACAGCAGGAUUUAGAAGAAUCUCUACAAGAGCCUACAAGUCCCAAGAAAGAACUGGAAGAGCUGUCUUACGAACUACUAGAUAAUUGCAAAUCACUUGCUUAAUCAGUAACACAAAAUUACUGCUUUUCAAUAUUAACCAGCUAACUUGGGGGCUAAGUCAAGUCAGGCAAAACUUGGCUUCUGAGUCAACGGCUACUCUUGGAGGAUGGGGAAAAGCAGGUAACAAACAGGGAAUGAUUGGUUUAAAUAAAUCAAAGUGAAAAACCUCAGGGCAGUGGACCAGAGCUGAGUUAAGCAUUCUUGCUUUGUGCCUCCUACUUUAAAAAAAGGCA